CAUUGUCUUAAUGAAUGGCUGGAUGUACAAAAAUACAGAAACAUUACAGCUUUACCAUGCUCAAAUCUUGUGUACCGCUAGCCCAAAACUAAGAUGUUGGCCAACUUCUGGUUUCAAAUGCUGCAUGUUACCCAUGAUAUGAUGCAUUAACAAACUACUUAUUGGUUUAUGAUAUUUAUAGCGUAGUACACUCACACAACAGUAUACAAAAAACAAAAUUUCAUUCCUGAUUCAUAAUCUUUUUGUUGGGUCUCUACAGACACGCCACUAUAUAAAAAUGCAUGAAUGCUUAAUGUUCCUGUUUCCCAUAUCUCAUAGUCAUGCCCCCAUAAUGCACCACAGGGGAUAAGCAAAACAACAAACCAACAAUACAGUAGCUCUGUUUUAAAUUCCAAUUGUGUGAAGCUUAGCUUUUAAGGCUUUACGUUAAAAUGCAAGGUUGGUGAUUUUAUUUUUAGACUUUGCCAUAUUGGGUUUGCAACUGAUGGAUCAGCAAUUCAAUCCCCGAGUUCAUCUCGUGGUGCUUGUCAGAAGCAGAAAGGAAUGAUAAAUGGCUCUUUACCUGUGUAGUUAGCAUUUACAGUAGCAGAUCACUGAUUGACAGGUGUGCCCAUCCUAGCUAGUCUACAAAGUAAGAAUUUCAAAAUGUAGUGAUGUAAUUUGAAUGGAACAAUGAGACCACCACCACCGAGAUACAGAACAGUGUAUUACUAAAGUGUACUUACUUACUGUUAGUAAUUUGUAAUGGUAAAGCUACACCUGUGACGGUACCUAGAAAAUCUGCUUCACUAGAUUGGGUUUUUACCACACUGCUACUUUGUAUUGCUGGGUAGUUUAGUUUUGCCUUUUUCUCAUUUCUCUUCUAAAUGUUUCACGCAACCAUCUGUCCAUGUCAUCUGCAGUGGUCCUAGAUUGCUGUACAGUCUCAGAGAAUAAACCUGAGUGUUUGUGGAAAAGAUGCAGACAGCAGUUGUACAAAUUGAAGUCUUUGUGCGCACACAAUGGAUCUAAUAAAAUGGUGGUGCAAAGAGUAAUUAUAGGUAUUUGGUGUGGCACAAAUUUUUCCUUUGCCUAGAUCACUUACUACUUUGUAUUUGUUUUUGUUGUCUGUAGCCCCUCCAUAUCAGCUUUUCAGCCUUAAAACGCACUCAUCUGGCAUGACAGGUCAGUUAAACCCAUGAACAACUGAAGUGAGCUCUGCCGACGCCGCCUAGUGGCACAGGUUGGAUGAUGCCACUUGAAUGCAGGGAAAUAGUGGAAUAAUAGACAUCACAGUCUGAUAUAUGCUAAUGUUUAAAGUAUAUACUUGAUUCUGUGAGGACAGAAUAUCACUAUGAUUGAGUAGCCUAUUGCAUCAGAGUAAAUGCAGUAUAAUGUUGAUUUAGUAUUUCAGUUUUCAAUAUUGGCCCUUCAGCUAUAUGUCACAUGAGCUUUAUGUUUUGAAGUGAAAUUAAUACAUUACUAGGAACAUCAGCCAUUAGAUGGUAUAAGCUUUACAGACUGUACAAUUUCACUUUGAUUUAAUUCCACUGAAAUCUCUUCAUAUUUUUUUGCUUUAAUACUUUUAAAUGCACAAAGCACUAUUAACCAAAGCUUUAUUAACACACUGGCAAACUGAAGUUCAGCUGAUCAAGACAAAUGAUUAAAUGGAUUAUAAAGAGAAGACCGUUGAGUUGGGGGUGUGCUGAAAACAGCAAACACCUGUUACACCAUUUGAAUUACAGUUUCCUGCUGGGCAACUAGAACAAUAAGUGAAAUGCUGAGCUGUGUGUCACGUGGGGCUGAUAGAGACCAACAUUGUACACUGAUACAAGUUAGUCAAACCACAGAGGAAGCUGUUUGUUCAGAGAUAAAAUUUAAAAAGACAUGUACUAUAUGUGCGAUGACCUAGUAAAAAAACUCAACUCCUGUGUUUAAAGAUGAAUAAAGGAAAUGUAUGUUUCUGCAGGUUUGCACCCUCCUGUGUGGGUUGCUUAAUUUUGUAACCUUUUUCUGUUUCCUAUUUUUGAUACAGCAUUUAAGUUGUGAUGCAUCAGUCAUUGUUAAUAAUUUUAUGCAUCCUGUUUUUUUCCCAUUCAUGUCUUUAUUUGUUGUUCAAAGCCAAGUCAGAAUAAGCCUUAAAACAAAGUCUUAUUGCUGACCCUUAAAAUGUAAAGAAUGUUUUCCUUUCAAAACUGUAAACGGAUGGGAUAACAUUUCAAGUUUACCUCAAAACAUGGCUCAACACGUGGGCCUAAUAGUCGAAUAAUGGAGCAGUGGUGGUUUAUUUAUUUUAUAUCCACAUCUUAGGGCAGACAAACCUCUUGGGCAGGCUUUCUUUAUUUUGACCACCUGUCUGUAUCAUGAAAAAGCCGACAUCUUGUUCAGACCAGCAGAGAGUAUAAUUUCCUCAGGAAUAUGCAAAACUAUAUUUCUUAAGCACGUAAGACACAAUUAACGCAAAUUUAAUGGAAACCUCUUGAGCGGAGGUGGCUUAGCUGGGACUGCCAGGUAUAGCCCAAUUCUAAGCACAAAAGCUGGAUCUUCAGGGAAGUAUAGGUUGGUUCCUACUGUGAUCGUGGUCAUAAGUCUGCUGAGCUCUCUGUGUGUGCUGUGUUGCAUGGUGACAUUUAUAACUAUGCCUAACCACCAUGCUGUCUUACAAGAAGUUGAUCCAUAUGUGGUGUCAGUUAGUGUGUCUGCUUCCUCUUGUGUGUGCCUUGAGGUUUGAAGGUGGAGCUUCAUGGAGUUGUUGGUUUCAUUUACCGUUAACCAAACUUUUGACAUCCAGUCUUGAGUAGCUGCAUUUGUGCUGUAAUGGUUACCUCACUGCCAUUCCUUGAAAUCUUAAUUAGUGUGUGGCAGUGUUGAAGAUGCCUGGGAUGUGGUACCUGGCUUUUUUGUGGACUCUGUUCAUCAUACUGGCUGGGCCUGUAUGCAGUCACGUUCAGUUCUUAGAGAGGCAUGAGGGAGAGUCUGUGGUUCUUCCCUGUAUGAUCGAGCACAGGAACACUUCACCCUUUGGUGUCUACCUGAAGCGCAGCUGGCUGCAUCCCAGUGAAGUGCUGUUCAUGUACACCAAGAGCGAGUUCAGUGUGACCAACGUUGAAGACAAGAUCCGCACCAGUGUCACCGGGGACCCAAGCAGCCACUCUUUGAAUGUGACCAUCUCUCAGCUGAGGAUCAGUGACACGGACCGCUACUACUGUGAGUUUGUUGUGAACAACCCUUCUUCUGAAGACGAACGAAUACCUGGAAAGACUGAAUUCUUCGUUCUUGUUACUGCUGAUGCCCCCGGGUCGGCGGACAUAAAUUUGCUAAAGACAUGUGCUGGGGGCUCAGCUGUGCUCCCGUGUGUCCCCCCACAUGGGGAAGUCUUGGCUGUGGAGGGGGUGAGUCUGAAGCGGCAGAGGGGCCGGGCGCCUGUGGAGUUGUUGUACCACUCAAAGUUUCAUCAUAGCGGCAGCUCUCCUUCCUCCUCCUAUUUCCCUGUUGAAAGGGUCCAGCUGUCCUUGGUGCCCAGCCCUAGUGGCAUCACCUACAACCUCACCCUGCAGCAACUGCAGCCAGAUGACACCGCCCUGUAUAGCUGCCAGCUGCACAUACAUGGCAGGUCCGACAGCACCACCAGUCUAGGGAGACGAGUGUUCUUUGUUUCUGUGCAAGGCAACGAGUGCAGCUGUUCCGCCUACUCCAUCCUGCUGUAUGCUUUGUCCUCAACUGUGGUUGUUCUCCUCCUCAUCCUCAUUGGAGCUGCGGUGAUUUAUCAAAGCAAAGCACGCCACCGUGUCAGCUCACGCCCUCAGCCACCUGUCUACGAGGAGAUGACUGGGCUGCAGUCUGUAGGCCGAAAACUGUCUCCAUGCCAUCUGGAGGAAAUGGAGUCUUCUGAGUACAGAAACUGCUUUGUGAAGAAAUCUUCUGAAAACUAUUACGAAAGCCCGAGCGGGGCCCUCUGCCCCAGAUCUGCGUCUCAGAAAUGAAGCAGUAUUCAACCUUCUCACCAGCAUCAUGAAAUUACCAAAUCAGCUGUUUGACACUCACUCGACUCCACUUAGUAUUAGCAGUUUCAUCAAACAUUUUCUCCUCAUGUCUUUUUGUCAUGUAUAUUGGACUGUUGCUAGUUUGAAAGAGGGUAUUUUGCCAUCAUGAAAUUUCAUAUCACAAUGUUGAUAUAUUGUAUAUGGUGAUGUAAUACAUUUUCUAGAAAACUAAGUGAGAAGGAGAAAAUGUUAUUAGAAAAUAAAAAGAAAAGAACAUCUGUUUUUGGCCGUUUCAGCAAAUUAAAGGUGCCUUCUGUGGUUUCUAUUUACUGAUUCUCACCAAAAUGCCCCAGGUGUCUCCUUGAAGUCCAGCAGAUAUGUUGAAUGCUGACCAUUCCUCACAAAAUAUAUGCAAUGCAUUUUUUGGAAGAAUUUCAAACCAACAUUAUGCACAUCGCUGUUUGCUUGCUGCCAGUCUUCUUCACAUACAUGUACACUGCUGUUAUCACCCACCUCUAUUGUACAGUAUUCAGUUUUGCCUUCACUAUUGCAUUUGUGUUCUGAAUAUGGAGGCUCAAAAGGGACACAGAGAAAUAAAUGACUGUGAUUAAUUAAAAAUAAAUUUAAAAA